CUGCAACAAAAAGCCAGAGCGCAUUGAAGACAGUUUCUACGGAAGGUGAUUUUUAGAUACUCAAACUACUUCCAUCUUCACCUUUUCCGCAACUAACCGUUGUUAGAUCUUGAUCCUUUUCUCACCCCUCACGCCCUCAAUCAAGGCAUUCUUGACCAUCGUCCUUCAACUAAACAAAGCGUCUUCAACAAGCCAAGAUGUCCUCCAACUCUCAAGUUGCUGUCCAGGGUCUUCGAACCUUCCCACCCGAGGUCCGGAAUAUGAUCUACAAGGCUGGCGGUGUCUUUGACGGUAAGACCCCCGAGCUUAUCAAAGCCCUCCGCACCGAUCCGGUCUUGUACCAAGAGGCCCUUUACGUCUUCCACGAAGAGAACGCAUAUCGUCUGAGCAGCGACAACGGCUGGGGAUUUGGAGCCAUGGACGGCGAAGUCCUCAAGGGUAUCAAGAACCUCGAUAUCGAUCUUAACUACAACAUCCUCGGCCACAUCCCGAAAUUCAUCUGGGGCUUCCAGCGGCUCGCGGCGGAGCGCACGCCUCUCAGCUCACUGCAGCGGGUCACGAUCCGGCACGUGCAGACGCCCGGGAUGGACCACUGGGAGAUGAGACACUUCUGUGAGUUUGUGGUGGAGGCGCUGCGGCUGGUGAUGGCGGCCAUUUUCGAGGAUUGCAAGGAGUUGACGACGCUCACGUUCUUCCCUGGCGGGCUGCCGGAUGCGCAGCGCGCGUACUUCGUGGAUGUUAUGGAGAAGGAGAUGUGGCUUAUGGCGCGGGUGGAGAAGAAUAUGGGGGAGGCUGGUGGUGGGCUGGUGUAUUGCUGGGAGGGGAAGCCGUUGACGGGUCCGGUGAUUCAGAGGGAGGCGUUUUUGGAGAUCAACUCGAUGAUGUACCUGGGUUGGCUCGCGGUGAGAGUUGAUGAUGAUAAUGAUUGGGACACGGAUGAUGGUGCGGAUUACGUUGAUGAAGAUGGAAGACUGAUAGAUGAUGGACUUGCUGGGGAUGCUGAUUGUGGAUUGGGAUCUGACGAUGGACAAUCUGCUGAUCAAGGAUCUGCUGAGGAAUAA